AGGGAGAGAGGCAGGAGGAGUAGCUGCCUUUAAGCAGAUUAACUGUAGCAUGUAGACGGGUAGUCUCCAUUCACUAAUAGACCUAGACUGUUUUAUGUAUGUGAACUGCAGUUCAAGUGAGAAGUUGCUAGUAAGAGAGAGAGCCCAUGCUUGAAGAAUUUCUACUGUAGUUGUUUAGAGAAAAGUCUGGCUGGAUAUAUAGCAGUUGUAAAUUAACAAGUAAGUCCUAUGGAUGAGUGUAUACAUUGUUAAUGUAAAUUAGACACAGUUCUUCCGUUACUUGUCCAGGAGGAGACUGUGCUGCAGAGAAGAGAGACUAGGACAGUCAGAGGCUGUUGUCUGGACAACAACUUCUUCACAUCCUCACCAAAGCUGCCUUGAAGAAUCACCAUGAAAGGUAAAGUGGCUUUUGAUGACGCUGUUGAUGCUUUAUUAGACUUCAGACUACUGCUUGCUGUGGAGGAAUAUAAUAUAUUAUGUAGGAGACUUGAAAGUGCACCGGUUGCACACAAAUGUGCAGACAGCUUGCUUUUAAGACCAGUACCUCUCAGGAUCCAGUGAAAACGUUGGUUUGUUGAUCUUGGAUGUGGAACAUCCACCCCUUUGCUUUGAAAGCUCAUUAUUUCAAAAGCUCUCAGUUUCCAGCAGCCACACAUUUGCUUUUGGGCUUCUUUAAAAAAUCUUAUAUGAGCCCUAUUGAAAGGAUAACAUUUUAAUACUAACUUUUGUCAACAUUGCAUGAUAUAAGACUCUUAAGGGGCUUUGAAGAGGCUAAGAAAUCUGCGGAGUCCUCUUGGAGAAUUUGGGAGUAGCGACAUGUGACUUUUGCUUUGGAAGAUCUUAUUAAGUGUUGAGGUAUUUACAGAGGAACACACAGGUAGGAGGUCUCCUCAUCUCUUGUUAGGAGCGUGCUCCAUUGGAGCCGGGCUGCUAAACAUGCAGUCUAACACAUUCCUAAUGUAAAACAGGAAAGAGGCACCUCGGUAGUGGAAGCAGCAGGUGUGUGGUUGGCACAUAUAGUACAGUAAAGUAAAGAGAACUCUGACUGGAGACACAGACUGUCAUACAAGUACAUGAAUAGCACUGUUCAACACAGCACGUCUUAUCUGGAAAGACAGAUGCAUUCCUUCGACAGAGACAUUCAAUCAGAAUUCUUUGGCACAUGACAGUUAUCAGAUGGUGAUUUGAAAAUGAAAGGUUGGUAUUAUACAAAACUACUGAGAUUGCAGGAGAGAAGUUUGUUAGAUUACAGAACAAGACCCUUGUUAGUAUUACCAGGCUGUUUCUAUCAUGAGAUGCCCAAAACGUUUUCCUAGAGAAAAAAAGAGGGCAGGUUUAUGGUGUCAUUUGAUUUCAAGUAAACUCUCUCACUCCACUACAGAGGAACCACAAUAAAGGGGGGUGUUUGAGAUCAUUUCUCCAUAACUUGGAGCAAGACCAUUUGGAUCAACACAUUCCAGGCAUUUCAUUGCUUUGAAAGGAACCACACAUUCCCUUUUAAGUGCAUUUAAAACAGUUGGAUGUCAACAGGGGCUUGGGGAGACACUUGUCUUUAUUAGUUGAGGCCCCUUUGGUUUUGGAGCAACCCCAUCUCGUUUCUCUGUUUUCAAUUUGGGGUUUUAGGUAUUCAUGUUAAAGCUUUAAGCCAACUCCGAUCAAGUGGACAUUUCAACCAGUACACUAUAUAAUUAGUUUUCAGUCUUGGCAUUUGUUCAUUUGGAGGAUGGAUUGCCAGUUCAGUUGCCUCUGUUAAAAGACAGGACAACAUAACCUUUUGAGCCAAAGCUUGUACUUUAGGUCAAUAGUCAAACAAAACUGAAUUUUCCCUGCUCCACAUUUGAAUGUGUGUGAAAUCCAAGCUGUGGGUUACAUAUUCAGCAGCUUUUCCAGGUUAAUAUGAAGAGAUUACUGUUAGUGUAGUGUUUGAAAAUCCACUGCCAAAUGUAAACUUAAGGAACACAGUAGGGUAACCACAAGCAUUGACAAAUCAUGAGGUUUGUGGACUUGCAGCGAGUUGACUGGUGUCAUGUUCUUGCUCUGUGUGGCCCAAAGUUCACAAUAACAAUGAGUGUGGGAGGACAGACUUCAUGUUGCCAAUGAAAGACCACUAACCUUCUCUUUGUUCACUGUGUGUUUUACAUGCACAUUGGUGAUUAUUUAAUAUGCAGAACAAAUGCACUGGGAAUAGAAACAUUGGGCCAUGUCAUGCUGAUGGAGGUGUCAGGUUAGACUUACAAAGGAAUAUGCUAUUAUAUAGCCAUACAAUCAUUAGAUAUGGGUCAGCCUACUAGGUGGCUGUCCUAUUGUGGAAACAGAACAGAACCCCCUUUGCUGACUCCAGUUCCUCUCUCUAGGGUGUCAUAAUUUGAUCAUCAUUAGGUGGUCAACAUUGGCCUUGCCUUAUCUGCAGUUCUGUAUGGACCUCUCUUCCAGACCCUUUCUUAUGUAAUAGGUUAGUGUUAAAUAAUUAAACUAUUUAGCCUAAUGUGUGACAACUAAAUUAUUAGCCAGCUUGUCAAAUGUACCCUCAUACCUACUACGUAGGUAUUCAUGUGGAUGUGGUUACAAAUAAUCAACUAUAUUUUGAGUAGCACCAAAGAGGACUACAGUAUAUAACGCAAUCACUGCCUCUAAUGUUCUUGCCGAGGUGUUUUAACAGAGCUCAACAUGUGUUUUCAUAGGUGGCUGCGUACUGUAAGACAUCUGGCCGUGAGACAAAUUAACUGUAUUGCUUCCUCCUUCUUAGAGUCAAAGCUAUUCUUUCAUGCCCUAGAACUGAAACAUUCUGAAUGUUUUUCAUCUCUAAUCCUCUCCAUACAGUACCAUCGCUGUAUCAAUUUCUCACCACUUACACUUUUAUCAGCUGUUGAAAUUCAAUCGUCUCCAUAGUUGUAGCUGAGGCAUGCCUGAAGUAUUUUGAUGAAUAUUUAACCCUAAUAAAGAUUAUUUUCAUUACUUUCAGUUAAAGAAAGGUUUUAACACAUUACCACAGUUUAAUAACUAUAGCACAGAACCUGAGAGGUAUUUUAGGCAAGUACUAUAGUGGACACAGAGGGUUACAUGGUCCCUGCUUUAUAUACAGUAUACACUGUUAAAACAGAGAACAUCAUCAAAUUCACAUUCCAAAUUAUCUAUUAGAAAAACUAAUGAUAGGUAGGGGUGAUUUUAUUUUCAGUGGAGAACCUUGAUGUUUUUUACCAGGCACAUUCAAAGUGGGUACUUGGGUUCUUAGCUUAGCAUUGCAAGAAUGACAGACCCUCUAAUUAAGAAAAUCUGAUGGACAUCCCUGCUGGACAUACUAUAUAGAAAUGUCGCUCCCCCGGCAUAUACGUUAUUGUAUUACAAAGUUCUUGUCACGGAUUCAGCCGAGGCUGCUCCUCCUCCUUGCUCGGGCAGGCUUCGGCGUUCGUCGUCGCCGGAGUACUAGCUGCUACCGAUCUAUGUUUCUGUGUUCUACUUGUCUUGUCUUUAUUGUUCACACCUGGUUCCCAUUAUGUAUUGAUUACUUCCCUAUUUAACCCUCUGGCUCCCACUGUAUUUUGUGCGUGUUUGUUCAUGUUUGGUUGUCGUCUGGUGAGCGGGUUUGUUUCCUCCCUGCGUGGAGGUUAUGUUAUUUACGUUACCUACGAGUAAAGUACGUUUUCGAUUAGCUCUGUGUCCUGCGCCUGACUUCGUCCUACCGCAUCACACUGACACAUCUCUAAAUAUUUAAAGGUUUUUGGAGAUUCAUGAAGAUUUUUCCUCCAAAUGUACCUGUGCUCAUAUUUGCAAUGGAACACUGGCUCGACAUACACUUAAAACCCACCACAUUAAAUAACUAUCAAAUAUUUUCCAUUCUAAUGACCACUUACCAAUAGAGCCCUCAACUGUGUGCCUGAUUCUAUCUUAAAAACACGUCUGGUGAUUAUGCUGGUGAAGUGCUGCUGUGGCCUUGCAGGCAGGCAGCGGUCUGCUCUCGUCUGUGUAGGUUGGAGAGCUAGAGUUCCUGAUUGACGUGAGAGGCAUGUUUUCCAAGGAGGGUAACGCGGGCUUUAGACAGGGAGGGCAGGGCGGCCCACUCCUUUCCUCCAUUGGCAGAGCCGGGAAAGCAGUGCAGGCCCAGGUUUAGCUUAGAGCCAUCUGUACAGUGAGGGAAAAAAGUAUUUGAUCCCCUGCUGAUUUUGUACGUUUGCCCACUGACAAAGAAAUGAUCAGUCUAUAAUUUUAAUGGUAGGUUUAUUUGAACAGUGAGAGACAGAAUAACAACAAAAAAAUCCAGAACAACGCAUGUCAAAAAUGUUAUAAAUUGAUUUGCAUUUUAAUGAGGGAAAUAAGUAUUUGACCCCUCUGCAAAACAUGACUUAGUACUUGGUGGCAAAACCCUUGUUGGCAAUCACAGAGGUCAGACGUUUCUUGUAGUUGGCCACCAGGUUUGCACACAUCUCACAAGGGAUUUUGUUCCACUCCUCUUUGCAGAUCUUCUCCAAGUCAUUAAGAUUUCGAGGCUGACGUUUGGCAACUCGAACCUUCAGCUCCCUCCACAGAUUUUCUAUGGGAUUAAGGUCUGGAGACUGGCUAGGCCACUCCAGGACCUUAAUGUGCUUCUUCUUGAGCCACUCCUUUGUUGCCUUGGCCGUGUGUUUUGGGUCAUUGUCAUGCUGGAAUACCCAUCCACGACCCAUUUUCAAUGCCCUGGCUGAAGGAAGGAGGUUCUCACCCAAGAUUUGACGGUAUAUGGCCCCGUCCAUUGUCCCUUUGAUGCAGUGAAGUUGUCCUGUAUCCUUAGCAGAAAAACACCCCCAAAGCAUAAUGUUUCCACCUCCAUGUUUGCCGGUGGGGAUUGUGUUCUUGGGGUCAUAGGCAGCAUUCCUCCUCCUCCAAACACGGCGAGUUGAGUUGAUGCCAAAGAGCUUGAUUUUGGUCUCAUCUGACCACAACACUUUCACCCAGUUCUCCUCUGAAUCAUUCAGAUGUUCAUUGGCAAACUUCAGACGGGCAUGUAUAUGUGCUUUCUUGAGCAGGGGGACCUUGCGGGCUCUGCAGGAUUUCAGUCCUUCACGGCGUAGUGUCUUACCAAUUGUUUUGUUGAUGACUAUGGUCCCAGCUGCCUUGAGAUCAUUGACAAGAUCCUCCCGUGUAGUUCUGGGCUGAUUCCUCACCGUUCUCAUGAUCAUUGCAACUCCACGAGGUGAGUUCUUGCAUGGAGCCCCAGGCCAAGGGAGAUUGACAGUUAUUUUGUGUUUCUUCCAUUUGUGAAUAAUCGCACCAACUGUUGUCACCUUCUCACCAAGCUGCUUGGCGAUGGUCUUGUAGCCCAUUCCAGCCUUGUGUAGGUCUACAAUCUUGUCCCUGACAUGCUUGGAGAGCUCUUUGGUCUUGGCCAUGGUGGAGAGUUUGGAAUCUGAUUGAUUGAUUGCUUCUGUGGACAGGUGUCUUUUAUACAGGUAACAAACUGAGAUUAGGAGCACUCCCUUUAAGAGUGUGCUCCUAAUCUCUGCUCGUUACCUGUAUAAAAGACACCUGGGAGCCAGAAAUCUUUCUGAUUGAGAGGGGGUAAAAUACUUAUUUCCCUCAUUAAAAUGCAAAUCAAUUUAUAACAUUUUUGACAUGCGUUUUUCUGGAUUUUGUUGUUGUUAUUCUGUCUCUCACUGUUCAAAUAAACCUACCAUUAAAAUUAUAGACUGAUAAUUUCUUUGUCAGUGGGCAAACGUACAAAAUCAGCAGGGGAUCAAAUACUUUUUUCCCUCACUGUAUGGUUGACUGGGAAAUGUCAAGUCUGAGGCCUGCAGCAGGCAGCUGGGCCCAUUCCAGACCCCUUCUCUCCCUCUUCCACUGGUCCGCACAUCUCAGCAUUUCAGACUCAGCCUCUUCAUCAGGCCUGACUUCAGCUGCUCCAGCAGGCAGCACACAUAAACACCCUCACCUCAGAGUUCACUGUAUUCCUCUCCCCCUGCACGCAAAGCCCAGCCCAGCAGAGAUGAAGUCUCCAGAGCUGGAAUAAUACAGCAUCAUAAGCUGAAUUUAAUAUUAAGGGAAAAAGACGGUGAUGGAAAAGACUGAACAGAGACUCAACUGUGUGAUGUUCUUUACUUUUGGGGCUCUUGUACCUUAGUUAGGGAGCUGUGGACAGGAUCUUCUGAAGGAUUACUGAGGUUUGUAGCCUAAAACUGCUUAUACCAUUAAUCAGUUGAAGGUCCAGUGUACAGGUAUGCACUGUGUUAGAGUAAAUUACAUACAGUAAAGUUAUAGCUCUAUUAUGUCAGCAUUACCAGUUUAUUUGUGCCCAGCAAGAAGCCAUUUAAACCCAAAUUCAAUCCAAAUUCAGGUCUUGACUUGAAGCUUCUCUUUGGCAUCAGUCUGCUGUGUCCUGCUGGCCCCUCUACCACGUUGAACUGGAAAUGGGUGUCACCAUUACAUCCAGCCCAGCUAGCAACACACACAAUCAGCCUCACUCUAGUGUUUCAUAUUGGGCUGCUAUGGUGCCCUUUAUCUGACAGCUCAUACAUUUUAAAUCCAGCCGACCCUACUUACUAGAAAAACAAAACACUUUCUCUAUUCGCGUAAUAAUGUUUAUAUAAGAUGGCAGUCAAGUAUGAUCUCACACUCAUAUUGAGCCCUGAGUUGAAUGGUAGAGGUGGCUGAGGGGGCUUAUUCACUUUCGCCUCGUAUUUUGUGAUUUAUUAGCACAGUAAUAAAAUGUGUGUUCCCCCAAGAAAGCUUCAAGUUAUAGACUAUUGACCUUAAUCUGUGAACAUGCAUUUCAAGUCUCUCCAUCUGUUUUCCAGAAAGCUAUUCUGGAUACGAGAACCAUCUCUUUAAAGGUGAGGAUAAACAUGCAUGUCAGUUUUCUAAACUAUCCUCUAGUCCUUGGCCAGAAUGGUGUGACAAAUCUGUUUGUUGAUAUCCUGGUUUUGGCAAAUCUAGUAGGCCUACUAUUGCAUGCCUGUAUGGUGGAAGUAGUGGGAUUAAGGAGAGGGUUAAGGAGCCCAGUGGGAAGCUGUGUUUAAGUAAAAAGUGAAUGAAUGCUGACAUGAGCUGAGCUUGCGUGAGGUAUCAGACAUUUCCAUAACAGUCAUUUUUAUUCGCUGCUUUUCAGAGGAUGAUCUUACUGGGGAAGAGGAAGAGAUGCCUUCCUUUAGAGGUGAGAAACAUGGCCCAAAUUCUACCACACACAGACAUUUUAUAUUGCUGUGCAUUUUUGUAUAUGUGCCUUGUUAUGUGGCUAGGCAAGCAAUACUUAUUUGGGGCAAUCGAGACAGCGCUUUGUUUUUAUGGAGUGGUUUUGGAGUCCCCUAAAAACAACACUUUGAACAAUAACGGCAGAAUAUCCAUCUAGGGCGUAUUGUUUACACAUUGGGCUAUGUGUGUACAGUGUUCGUGUGUGUAAAGACCUGCGUGUGUCUGCAGACAGUACGUAUGUAAUCACUGCUUUGUUUAUAUGCGUGCAUUGUACAUCUGUUAUAGAUAUCCCUCCUUAGUCCUUCUCCACACAACUUCAGCAGCUCUGCUGACCAAAACCAGACGCUAGUCCAGUAAUUAGUCAUGCACAGUCUACACAGUGUCAGGGUUAAGACAGGUAUUUCCCCUCCCCUCUGCCCUCUAACCAGCUGAUGUUAUGUAAGAGAGACUAGAGCCCCAUGCUUCUGAUUACAGGAAGAACCAGAGGUGGCUGUGUGAAAUGCCAGCAGACAUGUUCUCUGCAGCUGGCCGUCAAAGUGCUCUACGGUUUCUUUGCCUUCCUCAUCAUAGCAGUGGCAGUGCUGGCAUCACUAGGUGAGUAACUAUGAUAUUACACCACCGUCCCAGUACAGUUGUUAUGCUCUUGGUUAUCUUCCAUGCCACAUCCAUACCAGGGACGUUUAUGAGUCUGUCAAUAGCUUGUAUUGUACAAAUGUGAACAGUUAUUGUUUCCCAUGUGGUGCUUUUUAUAGGAUUAUGAUUGCAAGGCGACCAGGAUACAGGGAAAUGUGUAUUCAUGUUUUUAAUCCCUGGAUUAAUAUGACCGUAACAGUAGUUGUGUCACGUUCGUUCAUUGACGGGUCAGACCAAGGCGCAGCGUGAUAUGCAUACAUGUUUAUUUGACUCGAAUAAACAACUACAAAACAAGAAACGAAACGUGAAGUCCAAGGUACACAAACAACAUACCUAACACGGAACAAGAUCCCACAACCCACUAGUGCCAAUAGGCUGCCUAAGUAUGGUCCCCAAUCAGAGACAACGAGCGACAGCUGCCUCUGAUUGGGAACCACCCCGGCCAACAUAGAUCUAGACAUACUAGAUCUCAACAUAGAAAAUACAACAUAGAAAAACACAACAAGGAAAAUACACACCCUGACUCAACAUAUAAGCGUCCUCUGAGUCAGGGCGUGACAGUACCCCCCCCAAAGGUGCGGACUCCGACCGCACAACAUAAACAUAGCCGGGUAGGGGCCGGGUGGGCAUUCCGCCUCGGAGGCGGAUCCGGCUCAGGGCGUGACGACCUCUCACUCUUCGCCUCCCUGUUGCGCCCCUGGUCUGGUCUAGACCUCGGCGCGUUGCUUCCCCUCUCCUUCCUCCCACUAUAUUCCAAGCCCUGUCUGGACCCUAGUGUGGGAGACCCCGAACCUGGAGAGGGGCUGACGUCUGGGUCUGGACUGGAGCCGCUGUCCGGAGCUGGACCGGGCACCGGUGGAGCGGACUGCUCAGGCUCCGGACUGGAGCAGCUGACCGGAGCUGGGUCAGGCACCGGUGGAGCGGACUGCUCUGGCUCCGGAGUGGAGCCGCUGACCGGAGCUGGACUGAACCCCAGUGAAGCGGAUUGCUCUGGCUCCGGAGUAGAGCAUCUGACCGGUGCCGGACCAGGCACCGGUGGAACAGGCACGGGCCGUGCCGGACUGGACACACGCACCACUGGCUUGGUGUGAGGGACAGGAACAGGUCGGACCGGGCUGGCGACGCGCACCACUGGCUUGGUGCGAGGGACAGGAACAGGCCGGGCCGGGCUGGCGACGCGCACCACUGGCUUGGUGCGAGGGACAGGAACAGGCCGGACCGGGCUGGCGACGCGCACCACUGCUUGGUGCGAGGGUCAGGAACAGGCCGGGCUGGCGAUGCGCACCACUGGCUUGGUGCGAAGGGCAGGAACGGGCCGGGCCGUACUGGGAACACGAACCACUGGCUUAGUGCGGGGAGCAGGAACGGGCCGGACCGGACUGGCGACACGCACCACUUGCUUGGUGUGAGGAGCGGGAACAGGCCGGCCCGGCGACGCGCACCACUGGCUUGGUGCGAGGGGCAGGAACGGGCCGGGCCGUACUGGGAACACGCACCACUUGCUUGGUGCGAGGGACAGGAACAGGCCGGAUCGGGCUGGCGACGCGCACCACUGGCUUGGUGCGAGGGGCAGGAACAGGCCGGGCCGGGCUGGAGACGCGCACCACUGGCUUGGUGCGAGGGACAGGAACAGGCCGGACCGGGCUGGCGACGCGCACCACUGGCUUGGUGCGAGGGUCAGGAACAGGCCGGGCUGGCGAUGCGCACCACUGGCUUGGUGCGAAGGGCAGGAACGGGCCGGGCCGUACUGGGAACACGAACCACUGGCUUAGUGCGGGGAGCAGGAACGGGCCGGACCGGACUGGCGACACGCACCACUUGCUUGGUGUGAGGUGCGGGAACAGGCCGGGCCGGCGACGCGCACCUUUGGCUUGGUGCGAGGGGCAGGAACGGGCCGGGCCGUACUGGGAACACGCACCACUUGCUUGGUGCGAGGAGCGGGACUGGGUUCCUUUAUUAACCCCCGCUCCUUCUGCUGCCUAACCAGCUCCUCUCGCCGUGCCUCUACACCUUCCUUCUGCUCCCUCUGAACCAAUGGCCCCCGUAAUCUGGUGGCCUCCUCUCCUAACCAGCAGAUCCGCCCUGUCGCAGCCUCCUGCUGCCUCGUCGUCCACACCGUGUGCCCCCAAAAAAUGUUUUGGGGGGAUUGCCUCUCCACCCUGAUCAGGGCCUCCCUCUUUCUUGCCAGAUCCUCUCUCAUCUCCUGCCAAGUCCAUCCUCUCUGCUCCUCUUCGGCACACUGCUUGGUCCAGGUCUGGUGGGAUCUUCUGUCACGUUCGUUCAUCGACGGGUCAGACCAAGGCGCAGCGUGAUAUGCAUACAUGUUUAUUUGACUCGAAUAAACAACUACAAAACAAGAAACGAAACGUGAAGUCCAAGGUACACAAACAACAUACCUAACACGGAACAAGAUCCCACAACCCACUAGUGCCAAUAGGCUGCCUAAGUAUGGUCCCCAAUCAGAGACAACGAGCGACAGCUGCCUCUGAUUGGGAACCACCCCGGCCAACAUAGAUCUAGACAUACUAGAUCUCAACAUAGAAAAUACAACAUAGAAAAACACAACAAGGAAAAUACACACCCUGACUCAAGAUAUAAGCGUCCUCUGAGUCAGGGCGUGACAAGUUGAAUUGAAUCACACUGAGAGAACUAGGAAAAGCCUCCCUGAUUCCUGCCCACUUUUACACCACCGACUUUGGUUGGGUUUGCUAUAUUUGUCAACAUGCAACAAUUUCAAAGAUUUUACUGAGUUACAGUUCAUAUAAGGAAAUCAAUAAAUGCAUUAGGCCCUAAUCUAUGGAUUUCACAUGACUGGGAAUACAGAUAUGCAUCUGUUGGUCACAGAUACCUUAAAAAAACGGGUAGGUGCGUGGAUUAGAAAACCAGUCAGUAUCUGGUGUGACCACCAUUUGCUUCAUGCAGCGCGACACAUCUCCUUGCAUAGAGUUGAUCAGGCUGUUGAUUGUGGCCUGUAGAAUGUUGUCCCACUCCUCUUCAAUGGCUGUGCAAAGUUGCUGGAUAUUGGAGGGAACUGGAACACGCUGUCGUACACGUCGUUCCAGAGCAUCCCAAACAUGCUCAAUGGGUGACAUGUCUGGUUAGUAUGCAGGCCAUGGAAGAACUGGGCCAUUUUCAGCUUCCAGGAAAUGUGUACAGAUCCUUGCGACAUGGGGCUGUGCAUUAUCAUGCUGAAAUAAGAGGUGAUAGCGGCAGAUGAGAAGGCACGACAAUGGGCCUCAGGAUCUCGUCAAGGUAUCUCUGUGCAUUCAAAUUGCCAUCGAUAAAAUACAAUUGUGUUCGUUAUCUGUAGCUUAUACCUGCCUGCCCAUACCAUAACCCCACCGCCACCAUGGGGCACUGUUCACAACAUUGACAUCAGCAAACCGCUCACCCACAGGACGCCAUACACGCUGUCUGCCAUCUGCCCGGUACAGUUGAAACCGGGAUUCAUCCAUGAAGAGCACACUUCUCCAGCGUGCCAGUGGCCAUCGAAGGUGAGCAUUUGCCCACUGAAGUCGGUUACAAUGCCAAACGGCAGUCAGGUCAAGACCCUGGUGAGGACGACGAGCACGCAGAUCAGCUUCCCUGAGACGGUUUCUGACAGUUUGUGCAGAAAUUCUUCGGUUGUGCAAACCAACAGUUUCAUCAGCUGUCCGGGUGGCUGGUCAUAGACGAUCCCACAGGUGGAGAAGCUGGAUGUGGAGGUCCUGAGCUGGCGUGGUUACACGUGGUCUGCGGUUGUGAAGCCGGUUGGACGUAAUGCCAAAUUCUCUAAAACGACGUUGGAGGCAGCUUAUGGUAGAGAAAUUAACAUUACAUUCUCUGCCCACAGCUCUGGUGGACAUUCCUGCAGUCAGCAUGCCAAUUGCACGCUGCCUCAAAACUUGAGACAACUGUGGCAUUGUGUUGUGUGACAGAACUGCACAUUUUAGAGUGGCCUUUUAUUGUCCCCAGCAAAAGUGCACCUGUGUAAGGAUCAUGCUGUUUAAUCAGCUUCUUAAUAUGCCACACCUGUCACGUGGAUGGAUUAUCUUGGCAAAGAAGAAAUGUUCACUAACAGGGAUGAAAACAAAUUUGUACAUCAAAUUUAAGAGAAAUAAGCUUUCUGUGCCAAUGGAACAUUUCUGGGAUCUUUUAUUUCAGCUCAUGAAACAUGGGACCAACACUUUACAUGUUGCGUUUAUGUUUUUGUUCAGUAUAAUAACUAAGCUAAUAUAGCUGUAUUAUAUCCAGAUUGUUGAAUUAGCCGUUUGAAGGCCAGGACUUGGAGCUCCACAUCAUCUGGCAUUCCUCCCCAAUCAGGACCUGUUCUCUUUUGUCAUGCUUGACUUUACAAUGUGCUCCACGUUGUACACUAACAGCUGAGAGGGAGAUCUGGUUCAAGCCUAGAGGGUUUUGUCUUUAAAAUAUAAGGGCCAUUUAAUUUUCAACAAGGAUCGUAUGAACAUACAACUUCAACCCGAUUUGCCAUUUCUUACCUGACUGACAACUUUUUAAGUGCUUCCAGAUGUUACUUGCAUUUAGACAAAAAUAUUAUUGAGAUUCAAAACGAUACAUCUCUUUUUCACAGCAGCCCAGAGUUCCCUUAGGACAUUGUGUAAUUCCAAGAGCACUGAUUCAGAGGGUUGGGAUUCCAACACCACCGUGGCACCGCAUUUUAUUGGCUGGAGCAGGGUCUGCUUGAGUUUAUGUCAACGCAGAGCACAGCAAUACUGAGGCAAAACAAGAACAAAGCACUGUAAACUUGAUAUCGUGAAAUGUCCGAAAUUGUGUUUGGUUACAACUCCCCAAACAUUGAGUGAGAACAAAAACAUUGACCCAUAAAUGUAGAAAUGUUCUUAUCAUGCAGCACAUCUGUUUUACAUUGUUCAGAGUCCCCAAGAAUUAGAACCUAACCAACCUCUCUCCAACUAGCCGACAUGGUUAUAACAAUAAGAUGUUCAAGUCCACCAGUCCACCAGGAUAAUAGCAAUUAAUGGUAAGAGGCUGUGUAAAAUCAACGUCCCUGAGACCUAAUGCACUAUAACAGGUGGUAUGUAGAGGACAUAUGGAAUCGUUUGUGAGCAAAAACUAUGGCACAAUUGUUAUUAAUCCCCAGAGUCAAGGAUUAGGAAAUGAUAUGCAACAAGGAGUCCUUAAAAAUGUGCCUUAAGCACUGUUGUUGUUUUCCUGGGAAAUAUAGUAGACUGAGAAGUAACCAGCUGUACAAACCAUUUCCAUUAUUUGUGCUGUACUUUGUAAUGGAAACUGUGUUGUUGUUAUUGUAAAACAAGGUUCAGGACGGCAUUAUCGUGACGUAACUUUCAUUAUUGUGAUGACUAUUAUUUAUCGAAUAAUUACCUACUAUGUUUAAUUGUUACUAGAUUAAAUUAAUAAUGUAACAAUUAACUCAUUAGGAAUUUGGGGCACCACGGGAAAAGUUAUUGAAGAAUCAGCAAUACACAAAUUGGCUUAAUUAUUUAUUUAUUUACUAACUAACUAAAUAAUAACACAAUACAAACACACACAGGUUAUUGAUUACUAACGUAAUACAAUGAAAACAGAUCCCUAGUGGACUGGACUAACAAUAGCAUGAAUGCUUGGGUAGAAGGAGGGUCAGAGUGGAAGGGAGAGAGGGAUUCAAACUAUCAUGGUUACUUUGGAGACUACGCUCACAGUAAUCAUAAUACUUAUGCACCCUUAUAACGCUCAUUCGGAUUAGAAAUGCAACAUGUAUUUACGUGUAGCUAUCCUCGAUAGUUGAGUUGAUGUAGGACUCUGGUUUGCCCACCAGAGAUCCCAAUGUCCUUGGUAGAGUUUCUGGUCGUAGUUGUGGUUAGAUUGGUUACUUCAGAUGUACCAGCAGUUGUCUGAGAGGGAUUGUCCUCUCCUCUCGUGUCUUUAGUGAAAGUUCUCUAGACAACUAUACAUGCCAGCUGCAGACUGAAAUGAUAAGGUCAAGUGCAUUAUCUUCUUCUUCACCUCGUGUAGAGGUUAAGCGUUUCAGAGUUUCUCCAUUUCUCACGUUUUCUGGUCUUUCUGGUCUACCAUUUUGUAACGUAUAGCUUCAGCUUCACGCUUCUUGGUCUUGUAGAAAUUCAACCAUUUGCAACAUCAGGCUUAUACCGUAGUAUGCUUGGUCUUCCUUUGGUAAUGGAGUUGUAGUUUUAAACCAUUUUGUAACGUUUAGCUCACGCUUCACGUCUGCUGGUCUUGUAGAGUGUCAACCAUUUUAAGUCGUGGGCUUCCUGGUCUGGUAGAAAUUCAACCAUUUGCAAUGUUUUGCUCACACUUCACAUCUGCUGGUCUAAUGUAAAAAUAUUUUUCAAGGCUUUUUAUGCACUUGGGGUAAAAGGGGCGUUCCAUCAUGUUUGUGCUCAUCUGGGCGUGGCCACUGACUGAGAACAAAUCAAUAUGGAAAACAAUAAUCUCAUCUAGAAUGCUAAAAUCACAUUGUUAUCUUCACAAAAGUAUUAUUAUACUUAAUCAUUCAUUUUAUACAACAAUUAGAUGUAAACGUCAUAACUGGGAAGUGUACACCCCCAGAGAUACAGUUAUGUUGUUCCACUGUCUUUAAUGACAUUACAACAUAGUAACGAAUUUGACAUGAUUGUUCUUUAAGUCCCUACCGACCAUUUCCCACAUUCUUUUAAGUAGGAAUAUUGUUUCAUUAUCCACUUUUGGAUGUUGGUAUCUUGGCGGGAAGACUUCCUUUGUUAACAAAGGGGUCCUUUCUCCCAAUACUUCAUGUCAAGGAAGAGAAAGUCUGCACGGUAUUUACGACCGGUCAUAAAACUGGCCCCCAGGGAAGGGGGUGUUCAAACCUUUGCCUAGCCGGCAUGUUUGAUCCUCAACCCAUGAGGGCAAGUCAUGACAGUAUCUUAAUUCCAUUCAAUGAUGUGUAUUGCUGAGUACUGGCGUGUUUCGGAGCAAGCUCCUUUGUCAAAGGAGUGGUGUUGUCACUCUAUAACUUCAUUUGGGUCUUAGUCUCAACACAUGUAUUAAGUCUGUAUCAAUACCUACAUAGAGAGGAACCUCCAUUGUAUUUAUUCGGAAAGUCUAAUUUACAUAAUUAUCUUUGUCUCAUCAGUAUUUAGGAAGGUCGACAACUUAUCAGAAGAGGAAUCCUUUUAUCAUAAGAAGAUUACUAAGGUCCAGGAAAGUAUACAAGGUGAGAGAGAGUUAUUAAUCACGUGACAAAAUGUGCUGUGCAAGCAGAGCCUCCCAAUGUGGCUGCUGACAGAGAAGUCAAGAAGUAAACAAUGACUAGUAGAGCUGACUGGACAUUUCUGCAGAUUUCCAAAAUAUGUAUUUUGCCAAAAGAGUUGUCUGUUUAAAAUAUGUCACCCAUUGAGUGUAACUGUAUGGGGGAUUGAGUGUGAAGUCUGAGCAAGUGAGGAUCUGUUCUUCAAGCUUCAUGGCCUGCCUCCUGUGCUGUGUCAACUCCCUGAAGAGACAUAACUCACAGAGCUCAAUCUAUGACGUCAACAAUACCCUACUACAGCUGCCUCCAUUGGCCCAUCAUUUAUGGAAGCACUGCAGCUGCCAUGUACUUCAGUCGACUAGAACUUACACAUAGCUAACUCUGAUCUUGGCUAAAUGAUCAAUGAACAGAUCGUCAUAACAUUGUUAUCUCUUCUUUCCCAGAUCUCAGCACUACCAGCAACUGCUCUGACUGCUUCGACAUGGCCCACUUCAGCGAGGAGAUCAGUAGGCUGAAGAGGGAGUUUGAGGAUCUCCAGAAAAUGAUCCUGGGACAGGAGCAGGUCCUGGACCAGGCCUCCCAGACCCAGCAGACCCUGAGGACAGCCAGCAGCAGGAUGACACGAGACAUGCAGAACUACUCCCUGUCCAUCAGGCUCAUCAACCAGUCCCUGGAGCGUUACUUAGACCAGGUGGACGGAUGGAAGGCGGUCAUCACCGAGACGGACGAGAGCAUGAAGACUCUGUCUCAGGAUCAGUAUGACCUCAAGGCCACCGUGAAUCAGGUCAAUACCACAGUGGCCCUCAGCUCCUUGUGGAUGGACGCCCUGCAGAGGAAGACCAAUGAGGAGACACUGGUCCUGCAGAAGAUGACAGCGGACUGGCAGAACUACAGCCGGGUGUUGAGCGGUCUGAAGUCCAACUCCAGCACCACCACUCAGACGGUGAGAAGCAUCCAGAGUGGGAUCUCGGCCACGCACCAGAGGAUCAGCAUGAGCUCGGAGAUGGUGCACGACCUCACCCUGCAGGUGAUGAACCUGCAGAUGCAGCUGGACAAUGUCACCUCCUUCAUGGACGAGCACGAGGAGAACAUGCACGACCUGCACUACCAUUCCAAGUACUACCAGAACCGGACGGGUGAGAGGUUUGUCACCCUGGAUGCUCGCAUGGACUCCAUCGAGAUGGAGAUCGACACCAUCUCGUCCAGCAUCAACGCCACGGUGAGCCACGUGCAGAGCAUGUACAAGUACAUCAACAUCGAAAGCACAUCGUGCCAGACGCGGAUGAGUAGCCACACGGAGGACCUGCAGAACCUGAACAACACGGUGCUGCUGCUGAUGCACCUGGUUGACAUCCUGAGGCAGCGGUACGUGCUGCUGAUCGUCCGUCUAGACAUGGACGUCAGGAAUCUGUCCAUGGUCAUGGAGGAGAUGAAGCUAGUGGACACGCACCACACCCAGCUCAUCCAGAACUUCACCAUUCUCAAAGGUACAGCAGAGAUGUUCUUGAUGUCAUUGCCAAAUGCACUUUUGUUACAAGAUCUUAAUUUAAAACGUGUCGAAAGCGUUCCACAGGGAUGCUGGCCCAUGUUGACUCCAAUGCUUCCCACAGUUGUGUCAAGUUGGCUGUAUGUCCUUUGGGUGGUGGACCAUUCUUGAUACACACAGGAAACUGUUUAGCGUGAAAAACCCAGCAGCGUUGCAGUUCUUGACACAAACCGGUGCGCCUGGCACCUACUACCAUACCCCGUUCAAAGACGCUUACAUUUUUUUUGUGUUGCCCAUUCACCCUCUGAAUGGCACACAUACACAAUCCAUGUCUAAAUAAGUAUUUUUAAGCCUUGAGACAUUUAAACCUGUCUCCUGGCCUUCUUUUUUUUAUUUUUAUUUUUUCAUAUUUUUGGGGUAUAAAAAUACAAUAAAAAUACAAUUAAUGACAAGACAACCAUAACAACUGAGGACAAUGUACAUAACAAUACUCAAACAGACAGACAAACACAGUACAACACAUUUGGACAAGACAGUUAUCAGCAAUGCCAUGGUGUAGCCUAAUAGAAAAAGAAAUAGACAUUGUUAGCUUACAUUCCAUGGCAUAUGGAGCAUUUUGCCCUUAUAAUAACUUAAUUAAUAUUAUUCAAUAGAACUCUAGUCGACUUUGUCAAAGAAAUAUGCCUUAAGAGUUUCCCAACACUCCCCCUUGCUUAGCAUCUCCCACUUUCUUUGAUGCUGUUGAAUUUUCUGAUUUCUAAUAGCAAUUGUCGUUUCAAGGAUGAAUCAGUGUCACCAUUUUUUUAAAGGUUACCUUGCAGAAGUAUUGUGUUGUUAAUUGGAGGAUUAUGGACAUUGAGGUCACCAAAGAUGAUAAGCUGAGGGUUAAUAUGUAGUUUGAUGGAGUGAUGGGAAAGCCAGCCUUGAACUUGUAGCUAAAAUAAGCUCACUGUCGGACAGUACCAAUACAAAUGCAUUAUGUCUUCCUCUUCAUGACAGAGUCUGCAUUUAGAGUUAUGGUCAAUACCCAAUACUCUUUGAAAGUGGGUUUAAGAUGGCGCCGACAGAGAUGGCGGCCUCGCAACUGGCUCUUAGGAAACUUGUAGUAUUUUGUUUAUUAACACAGCCAAAUAAUGGUGUUUUAAAUCAAGCUGAAACAUACUACACACCAUAAUAUUUGUCUUUGGCUGUGGCUCUUGACGGUGGCUUAUAGAAUGAGUCUUGAGACGCCACUUGCAAAACAUCAAGGAAACCUGAGUCUUCUACAAUGCUAAUGGGUCUACAAUCCUUUGCAAUCCAUUUUGCUAUUGUGUUGGUCAAAUUAUCUGAGGUUGAUUUUGUUAAUUGCCUGCAAACAUUCAGCGUGGUCUGGCGCAAACCACUUGCUGAAUCUGACGGCCCAGCAAACGCAUGUUUGGCGUUGACAUGGUACUUCAAGCUUGAACAGCUCCGGUGAAAUUGAAACUCCUUCUUACAAAUCUUGCAAAUAACCUUGUACUUGUUAACUGUACCAUCAUCAUUCUUUUUAUAUUUGAAUCCGUCAAUAGGCCCACUUUGCUCACCUUGCUCCAUCUCGCCUCUAGCUCCCAACCACUUUCCUGACCUGAAUAAUUUGUUUUAUGUAUAAUUUUUUUUUACAUUGUUAGCUCAGAAAAUGUUUUGUUUCAUUACAUACAGCCGGGAACAACUAUUGGAUAUCAGAGCGGCGGUAACUCACCAAAACUACCAGCAUUACGACCAGGAAUACGACUUCCCCGAAGCAGAUCCUUUGUUCGCUCUCCCCAGAGCAAUUGAACUGAUUCCAGAGGCCGACCCAAAACAUCGCCGGCAGAGUAGAGGCACUCGAGGCGGCCUGCUGGUUCGACUUAGGAGGCGCGCACCCCCCCCACCGCUUCUGAGUAUAUUGCUCACUAAUGUUCAGUCUUUGGAUAACAAAGUUGACGAACUCAGGGCAAGAAUUUCUUUCCAGAGAGACAUAAGGGCCUGUAACAUACUUUGUUUCACGGAAACAUGGCUCUCUCUGUCGAAAUCGGUCCAGCCAGAGGGGUUCUCAGUUCAUCGCGCAGACAUGAAUAAAUAUCUCUCUGGGAAGCAGAAGGGCAGAGGUGUGUGUUUCAUGAUUAACGACUCAUUGUGUAAUUGUAGUAACAUACAGAAACUCAAGUCCCUUUUGUUCACCCGACCUAGAAUACCUCACAAUCAAAUGCAGACCGUAUUAUCUCCCAAGAUAAUUUUCCUUCGUUAUAGCCACAGCUGUUUAUAUCCCCCCUCAAGCCGAUACCACGACGGCCCUCAAAGAACUUCACUGGGCUUUAUGCAAACUGGAAACCACAUAUCAUGAAGCUGCAUUUGUUGUAGCUGGGGAUUUUAACAAAGCAAAUUUAAGGACUAGGCUGCCGAAGUUCUAUCAACAUAUCGACUGUAGUAAUCGCACUGCUAAAACACUGGACCACUGUUAUUCAAACUUCCCGGAUGCUUACAAGGCCCUCCCCUGCCCUCCUUUCGGCAAAUCUGACCACGACUCCAUUUGGCUUCUCCCUUCCUAUAGGCAGAAACUCAAACAGGAAGUACCCAUGCUAAGGACUAUCCAACGCUGGUCUGACCAAUCAGAAUCCAUGCUUCAGGAUUGUUUUGAUCACGUGGACUGGGAUAUGUUCUGGGUAACUUGCAAAAAUGAUUUACACGAAUACACUGAUACGGUAACUGAGUUUAUCAGGAAGUGUAUAGGAGAUGUCGUACCCACUGUGACUAUUAAAAUCUACCCUAACCAGAAACCGUGGAUAGAUGGCAGCGUUCGCGCGAAACUGAAAGCGCGAACCACUGCAUUUAACCAUGGCAAGUUGACUAGGAAUACGGCAGAAUACAAACAGUGUAGUUAUUCACUCCGCAAGGCAAUCAAACAAGCAAAACGUCAGUAUAGAGACAAAGUGGAGUCGCAAUUCAACGGCUCAGAUGUAUGUGGCAGGGUCUACAGACAAUCACGGACUUCAAAAGGAAAACCAGCCACGUCACCGAGACCGACGUCUUGCUUCUGGACAAGCUAAACAUCUUCUUCAUCAGCUUUUAGGAUAACACAGUGCCACCGACGCGGCCCGCUACCAAGGACUGGGGGCUCUCCUUCUCCAUGGCCGAUGUGAGUAAAACAUUUAAACGUGUUAACCCUCUCAAGGCUGUCGGCCCAGACGGCAUCCCUAGCCGCGUCCUCAGAGCAUGCGCAGACCAGCUGGCUGGUGUGUUUACGGGCAUAUUCAAUCUCUCCCUAUCCCAGUGUGCGGUCCCACAUGCUUCAAGAUGGCCACCAUUGUUCCUGUACCCAAGAAAGCAAAGGUAACUGAACUAAAUUUCUAUUGCCCCGUAGCACUCACUUAUGUCAUCAUGAAGUGCUUUGAGAGACUAGUCAAGGAUCAUAUCACCUCUACCUUAUCAGCCACCCUAGACCCACUUCAAUUUGCUUACUGCCCCAAUAGAUCCACAGACGAUGCAAUCGCCAUCACUCUGCACACUGCCCUAUCCCAUCUGGACAAGAGGAAUACCUAUGUAAGAAUGCUGUUCAUUGACUACAGCUCAGCAUUCAACACCAUAGUACCCUCCAAGCUCAUCAUUAAGCUCGAGGCCCUGGGUCCUGGACUUCCUGACGGGCCGCCCCCAGGUGGUGAAGGUAGGAAACAACACCUCCACUUCGCUGAUCCUCAACACUGGGGCCCCACAAGGGUGUGUGCUCAGCCCACUCCUGUACUCCCUGUUCACCCAUGACUGCGUGGCCAAGCAUGCCUCCAACUCAAUCAUCAAGUUUGCAGAAGACACAACAGUAGUAGGCUCGAUUACCAACAAUGAAGAGACAGCCUACAGGGAGGAAGUGAGAGCUCUGGGAGUGUGGUGCCAGGAAAAUAACCUCUCACUCAACGUCAACAAAACAAAGGAGAUGAUCGUGGAUUUCAGGAAACAGCAGAAGGUGCACCCCCCUAUCCACAUCGACGGGACUGCAGUGGAGAAGGUGGAAAGCUUCAAGUUCCUUGGCGUACACAUCACUGACAAACUGAAAUGGACCACCCACACAGACAGUGUGGUGAAGAAGGCGCAACAGAGCCUCUUAAACCUCAGGAGGCUAAAGAAAUUUGGCUUGGAAGCUAAAACCCUCACAAACUUUUACAGAUGCACAAUUGAGAGCAUCCUUUCGGGCUGUAUCACUGCCUGGUACGGCAACUGCACCGCCCGUGACCGCAAGGCUCUCCAGAGGGUGGUGCGGUCUGCCCAACACAUUACUGGGGGCAAACUACCUGCCCUCCAGGACACCUACAGCACCCGAUGUCACAGGAAGGCCAAAAAGAUAAUCAAGGACAUCAACCACCCAAGCCACAGCCUGUUCACCCCGCUAUCAUCCGGAAGGCGAGGUCAGUACAGGUGCAUCAAAGCUGGGACCGAGAGACUGAAAAACAGUUUCUAUCUCAAGGCCAUCAGACUGUUAAACAGCCAUCACUAGCACAUUAGAGGCUGCUGCCUAUAGACAUAGACUAGAAAUCACUGGCCACUUUAAGAAAUGGAACACUAGCCACUUUAAUAAUGUUUACAUAUCUUGCAUUACUCAUCUCAUAUGUAUAUACUGUAUUCUAUACUAUUCUACUGUAUCUUAGUCAUUUUAAUAAUGUUUACAUAUCUUGCAUUACUCAUCUCAUAUGUAUAUACUGUAUUCUAUACUAUUCUACAGUAUCUUAGUUCAUGCCGCUCUGACAUCGCUCGUCCAUGUACGUAUAUAUUCUUAAUUAAUUCCUUACUUAGAUUUGUGUGUAUUGGGUAUAUGUUGUGAAAUUGUUAGAUAUAGAAAUAUGUUAUUACUUGUUAGAUAUUACUGCACUGUCGGGGCUAGAAGCAUAAGCAUUUCGCUACACCCGCAACAACAUCUGCUAAACACGUGUAUGUGACAAAUACUAUCUGAUUUGAUUUGGACAUAAUUGUAUAGAAUAUCUUUAACUGAAAGGCUCUUGAGUAUGUACUGUAUCUAUUGAUGUUUUGUAUAUGAGACCUGCUUUCAUGGUAUUGGGUUGUCGAAGAUACUGUAUCUUCCCAAUACGUUUGAAAUUUGUAUGGAAUUGCAGAUAGGUUAUGGAAAUUCAAAGUACAUUUCAGAGUGGAUUUGAUACUUUUUGUAUUCAUUUUGUAUCCCCGUUCAAAGGCACUUAAAGCGUUUGUCUUCCCCAUGUCUCAAUUGUCUCAAGGCUUAAGAAUCCUUCCUUAACCUGUCUCCUCCCCUUCAUCUACACUGAUUGAAGUGGAUUUAACAAGUUACAUCAAUAAGGGAUCAUAGCUUCCACCUGGUCAGUCUAUGUCAUGGAAAGAGCAAGUGUUCUUAAUUUUUGUAUACUCAGUCUAUGUGCUAAUAUUGCUGCUGUCAUCUGUGCUCACUAACACUACUCUUCUUUUUACAGGUGCACCGGGCCCACCUGGUCCAAAGGGGAACAGAGGGGAAGGAGGAGGCAAAGGUCCAGUUGGCCUGACAGGAAACAAAGGAGACAAGGGCCCAGCAGGGAACCGUGGUCCUCUGGGAGAGAAGGGCCCCAUCGGGCCUAAAGGAGCCCAGGGGGAGCCAGGACCAACAGGGGCCAGAGGCGGAGUGGGCUUCAAAGGGGCGAAGGGUUCUCUGGGUCAACCAGGCCCACGCGGCGAGAGAGGUGAGAAGGGAGACAUGGGUACUAUUGGUAAGGAUGGAAUACCAGGCCCCAAAGGGCCACCAGGAAUACAGGGCCAAGCAGGGCUCCCAGGGAUCCACGGGCUGCCUGGCCCAAGAGGAAAGCCAGGGCCUGUUGGUCCACACGGGCCUCCCGGAACCCCUGGCCCACCAGGUCUGCCAGCUUACCCAGCCACGGUGUCUUGAGGGGCCUCUGGGGUCUGAUCACAACAAGGACAGGACAAGCCUCCAUUGGACGUGGUAAUGUAUUGGCAGCCUGGCAAAGGGAUGGAGUGUGAUUGAAGAGGAUGGAAUGAAUGGAGCAUGGAAUAGUUCAAUCUCAAGCUUUCCCCUUCAUGUUACUCCAUUGUUUUCAUUGGACACCCCAUGCUUUUGAGCAUAUACACACAGCCCAUGUUCAGGUAUGAAGGGGUGUAAAGGAGAAAAUGAAAGAUAACAAAAAGACUUGAGUUUAAAAAGAUGCAUUGCAAGUUUUCAGUAUCAUAUACAGCUGAAUGUAUGUUUGAAGGAGCCAGAAAACCCACAUAGGGGAUUCAUAAAGGUCUAGGUUUACAAUGCCAUGCACUUUCAUGAGGGUACAGUUAAAUAACGAUAGAGUUUUACACAAAUUUGUGAAACAUUGAUACGUGAAAUUCUAUUCAAUGGCACUUAUUGGUUUUAUAAAGUGUAGAAACUACAGUCUGUUUUUAUGUGUUUGCUUUUGCAUCUUUUAUGUUUCGGAGCAGGUUCUCUGAAUACUGACUGAAGUUCAGGUGAUUAAACAGGUCAUAGAGUGGAAUGGUAAGGAAUGAAUGAAAUUGCUGAAGAACCAAAAGUAUCUGCUUAGGUACACAACUAUGGAUGUAUUGUAUGUUAGUCAGUAAUUGAACAUUUCCUGAAUGACUUAAAAAGGUACGGUUUUGAAAUAUACAGCUCUGGAAAAAAUUAAGAGACCACUGCAAUUCUUUCUUAAAUCAGCAUCUCUACAUGUAUGACAGCCAUUCCAUUCCAGUGUCUGUUGAAUUCCAACACAGGCACACCUCAUUAUACUGAAUUAGGUACUGAUUAGGUGAUCACCUGAACCAAAUCUUAUUUAACGAGGAAAAGUAUAAAAACCAGUGCUGUGGUCAUCACUAUCCUCUUGCAAUAGGACCAGCUGGAUGGCAAAAACAGUGCUAAAAGUACCUCAAAAGUAAUAUUAAUCAAAAAAUAACUAUUGACCAUGCCAAAAGUUGAAAAGGAACGUUUUGAGUGAGGAAAAGAAGGGUUCAAUUCUGGCUUUACUGGCAGAGGGAUACAGGGUCAGGUUGCUUCCAUCCUUAAAAUUUCAAAGACGGCGGUUCAUAAGAACAAGGUCAAGCAGCAGACAUUGGGGACAACAAAGCUACAGACCGGCAGAGGGCGAAAAUGACUCUACUGACCGGGAUGACCACCAACUCAUUUAAAUGUCACUCAAAAACCGUAGGAUGACAUCAAGUAACCUACAAAAAGAAUGGCAAAUGGCAGCUGGGGUGAAGUGCACGGCGAGGAUGAUUCGAAACAGGCUCCUAGGGGCAGGGCUGAAGUCGUGCAAAGCUAGAAAAAAGCCCUUCAUCAAUGAGAAGCAAAGAAGAGCCAGGCUGAGGUUUGCAAAAGACCAUAAGGAUUGGACCGUAGAGGACUGGAGUAAGGUCAUCUUCUCUGAUGAGUCCAGAUUUCAGCUUUGACCAACACCUGGUCGUUUAAAUGGUUAGACGGAGACCUGGAGAGGCCUACAAGCCACAGUGUCUUGCACCCACUGUGAAAUUUGGUGGAGGAUCGGUGAUGAUCUGGGGGUGCUUCAGCAAGGCUGGAAUCGGGCAGAUUUGUCUUUAUGAAGGAUGCAUGAAUCAAGCCAUGUACAAGGUUGUCCUGGAAGAAAACGUUCUUCCUUUUGCUCUGACAUUGUUCCCCAACUCUGAGGAUUGGUUUUUUCCAGCAGGACAAUGCGCCAUGCCACACAGCCAGGUCAAUCAAGGUGUGGAUGGAGGACCACCAGAUCAAGACCCUGUCAUGGCCAGCCCAAUCUCCAGACCUGAACCCCAUUGAAAACUUCUGGAAUGUGAUCAAGAGGAAGAUGGAUGGUCACAAGCCAUCAAACAAAGCCGAGCUGCUUGAAUUUUUGUGCCAGGAGUGGCAUAAAGUCACCCAACAUCAAUGUGAAAGACUGGUGGAGAGCAUGCCAAGAUGCAUGAAAGCUGUGAUUGAAAAUCAGGGUUAUUCCACCAAAUAUUGAUUUCUGAACUCUUCCUAAGUUAGAACAUUAGUAUUGUGUUGUUUAAAAAUGAACAUGAACUUAUUUUCUUUGCAUUAUUCGAGGUCUGACAACACCGCAUAUUUUUUGUUAUUUUGACCAGUUGUCAUUUUCUGCAAAUAAAUGCUCUAAAUGACAAUAUUUUUAUUUGGAAUUUGUAAGAUAUGUUGUCAGUAGUUUAUAGAAUAAAACAAAAAUGUUAAUUUUACCCAAACACAUACAUAUAAAUAGUAAAACCAGAGAAACUGAUAAUUUUGCAGUGGUCUCUUAAUUUUUUCCAGAGCUGUAUAUAUUUUUACAAGAUAUAUUUUGGGUUUUAUGCCAACAAUUUGCUAUGUUACAUUCAAAGUGUUUUCAGAUUUAAAGUGUAGAUAAUAUACAUCAUGUUUGUUGUGUUUUCUUGUUUCCAUUCAUAUUUAUCUCUGCACUUAAUCAGAGAUGAUCUGUAUAUUUUAAUAGCAAAUAGAAAAUGUUUAAAAAGUUUAAAUGAUAAGAGAC